ACAGCGGGCGGCGUCGCCACCUUUUUCUAUGCGCUCAACUACUGUCACUUCCGGCAUCUCUAUGACCCUCGCGGGAAAACGCUGGCAUCCUUUCUAGGCUUCUGUUUCUAUGGGAGGAUCCGACCUGCAGUACUACACUUUCUCCUCUUACUCACACCGCUCUCCUCCUUUCUCAAACUCCAAGAUCCGGUUGCGAAUCGCCAUUCUUUAACAGUGCCUUCUCAUCUCUAUGCACUUCCGGCCUCCAAGUUCCAGUCCGCCGGUUCCUCUGUUCCUUCCUCCGGUGCAGACAAGAAAAAGAGAACGCCAAUGAAAACAUCCGUCCUCUCUCCUGCUCCCUCUAUGAUAUCUUCUUAAAGCCAUCUCGUCAUCCUCCUCCACGAGCGGGCAGGGGCAGCCUUGCCAUUCCUUCUUCCUCUCUCCUUUGGAUCGUACCAAGCUGGAGCCGAGCCUGGGGGGCGGCGGGGGAGGGAAGAUGGCGCAGGCCUUGUCCGAAGAGGAGUUCGAGCGCAUGCAGGCCCAGUUGUUAGAACUUCGAACACAGAACUACCAACUUUCUGAUGAACUCCGUAAGAACACAGCUGAAUUAAAGGGGCUUCGACAACGGGUGGCCUAUUUAGACAAAGAAUUUGCUAAGGCUCAGAAGGCUCUGAAUAAGAGUAAAAAGGCUCAGGAGGUGGAUGCACUGCUUAGCGAAAAUGAAAUGCUUCAGGGAAAACUACAUAGCCAAGAGGAUGACUUCAGGCUGCAAAACAGUACUCUUGUGCAGGAGCUCUCCAAGCUGUGCUCCCAGAUUGAGCAGUUGGAGAAGGAGAAUCAGAGUCUUCGGGAAGGGAAGACAGCAGUAGCCAGUGAAGGGGUGUUCCCAGCCAGCUCUGUGGAUGGCGAGUUGUUAAGACUGCAGGCAGAGAACUCUGCCCUGCAGAAGAACAUGGCAGCUUUACAGGAGCGCUAUGAGAAGGAAGUGGCCCGGCAAGCAGAAAACCGAGGUGGCGGGAAAGGUGAUGCUUCUCUGGAUCCUUGUCCCCCUGUGCUGGAGGCUUCAGAGCAGCAGGCAUUUGACAGCAGCAGCAGCGCCACCUCCCAGCAGCUUCUGUCAGAGGUUGAACUGAAACUGCAGACCGAGAGGGAGGAGAAGAUACUUCUGAAGGAGCAGCUGCAGAGCCUUGAGGCAUCCAAGACAACAGAGACAUCCCGCCUGCAGCAAGAGCUCACCAAGCUUAUGGAGAAACUUAAGAAGAAGCAAGAGAGCUUUGUGCGGCUUCAGACAGAAAAGGAAGCUCUCUACAAUGACAGCAGGACCAAAAUUGAGGAGAUCCAGCAACGGAAGGAAGAGGAGCUCAAAUCUCUGCAGGUUCGCAACCAGAAGCUGCAGCAGGAGCUCCAGACCACAAACCAGGGCUUCUUGGAAUUAAAGGACCAGCUGCAGAGUUGUCAAAAAGAGCAUGAAUUGGCCCUUCGCACUCUGCAGGACCAAGUUGCGUGCCAAAGUGCGGAGAGCCAGGAACAGGUUGAGACCAUUCUGUCUGAAAAUGAUGCUCUGAGAACCAACCUUGCAGCAUUAGAACAGAUCCAGACAUCUAAGACUCAAGAGAUGAAUCUCAUGCGAGAACAGGUGGCAGCUUUCGGAGAUGAGCUGCAGCAGUGUCAGAAUGAGAAGGAGGCAUUGGCUGCCCAGCGGGAUGACCUCAACACGCAACUGCAGGAGUCACUCCGGGGCAAUACUCGUCUUCUGGAGCAGGUACAAGAACUUGGGCAGGAAAAGGAGAGAUUGUCACAAGAGCUUGAUGAAGUACGGAAGACAGCAGAGAAACGCAAGGCCAUGCUGGAUGAGAUGGCCAUUGAGACCCAACAAGAAAAGGGGCGCCACAAGGAAGAGCUUGGUAACCUCCGCCUGCAACAUGAGAAAGAGGUGCUGGCUGUCCGGGCACGCUAUGAGCGGGAGCUGCGGGAGCUGCAUGAGCACAAGAAACGGCAAGAGGAGGAGCUGCGGGGCCAGCUCAAGGAGGAGAAGGCUCGCAGUCAGGAACUGGAAUCCAUGCAACACACUGUGGAAGAGCUGCGGCUCCAGAUCCAGUCCAUGGAUGGCACCAAGGGCUGGUUCGAACGGCGGCUUAAAGAGGCAGAGGAGCUGAUAGAGAAGCACCAGCAGGAACACCUGGAGGCCCUGAGAAUCUGUAAAGAGCAGCAUGCAGCUGAUUUGCAGCUAAAAGACCAAGAGGUGGAAGCAACUAAGGAGAAAAUGCGAGAGAUUGAAAAAGCCAGGAAUGAGCACAUGGACACGGUCAACCGGCUGAAACAGUGUGAGCUCAGGACCUUUUUCAGAGUAAUAAAAGCUCUGCUUCCACCCCACCCCUUGAGUAUGAAGGAAGUGAAGGACACAGUAGAUGGGCAACGGAUCCUGGAGAAGAAAGGGAGUGCAGCAUUGAAGGACCUCAAAAGGCAACUUCAUCUGGAAAGGAAGCGAGCAGAUAAACUCCAGGAGCGCCUGCAGGAGAUCUUGACCAACAGCAAAAGCAGGACAGGGAUCGAGGAUCUUGUCCUGGCAGAUAUCAGUUCACCCAGUCGGACUCAGACGGGAGACAGUAGCAGCAUCUCAUCCUUCAGCUAUCGUGAAAUCAUGAAAGAGGGAUCUGGGGCUGGCAGUAACAAGUCAACCACGGGAAGCCCACAGUCACAGUCGCAACCUCAACGGCCAGCCAACCUUUCAGAUGAGGAGAUCUCAGAACUCUUCCAGCGGCUGGCUGAAGUUCAGCAGGAGAAAUGGCUGUUGGAGGAGAAGGUGAAGCACCUUGAAGUCAGUAGUGCCUCCAUGGCUGAGGACCUGUGCCGGAAGAGUGCCAUUAUUGAGACCUAUGUGAUGGACAGCCGCAUUGAUGUGUCUGGGGCUCAUGGGCAGGUUGAUCGGAGUAGCCUAAGUAGUGUCCUACGAGAUCUGGUGAAGCCGGGAGACGAGAACCUGCGUGAGAUGAACAAGAAGCUUCAGAACAUGCUGGAGGAGCAGCUCACCAAAAACAUGCACUUACAGAAGGAUUUGGAGGUCCUCUCCCAGGAGAUUGUCCGCCUUAGCAAGGAGCGUGUCCCGUCCCCUGAUGCUGAACCUGGCCUGGAUGGUGCUGUCUGAGCUCAGUUCCACCUGCGAUGCCAUCCUCCGUGCUUGGCCCGUGGAUGCACUGCUGGUGUGGGGGGGGCGGGGCGGGGCGGAGAUAUUGGAACUUCCUGCCUCCCCUCUCUCUGGUCGGACCAUUUCUUUCAACUGCUUUGGAGGGGGCAGGCGUUUAAUCCGCCUACUCUCUCCCCCUUAGUGGAGCACAAGCAACGGUUUCUCCCUUCAUCACUGUCCUACUCAGGCCUUCCCCCAAACAGAUUUGUUUCUUUAGAAUCAUGCAACUACUGAUUAUGCCCCCUGCCUCUUCUUGGGCCUACAUUUGCUGCCCUGUAGGAAGCACUGGCAGUAGUGGCUUGUCUGCAGUUGGCACGUUUUUUAAGUUGCAUGGCCAAUUGCAGCUUUAUUCUUUAGGUGGCCACUUUUGAAACUGCUCCCCCCCAACCAAGGUGGUCUUCCCGGGUCCAGGGGAGCUGCCGCAUGGAGGAGGAGGAGGAGGUGUUCCUGCAAUAGUAAAACGGCAUAAUCCAAUCUCCGCAUACAGCGGUCCUAGGGGUAAAGUUCCGUUUCCUUAAAAGCCUCUUUCCCUGCAUUCUACCCUGCAAGCUGCAUUUGUGAUCCUGUAGCUUCGUCCUUCUGACUUAGUCAUACCACCUCCCUCAUUUUGCAUGCUUGGUCAGUUCUGAAACUCCCUGUCCCAGCUGUUGCUGCUGUUAAUAAUACACACACACACACACACACACACACAGAUUCCUCCCUCUCAACAGCAGGAUGGAACACAAGUGGUGCAAUCCAAAAGGAGGCUGCACUUGUACAGGAUUGCAGCUGCGCCCUUUUUUCGGUACUAGAGGUGGAGCAAAGGCAACCAUGUUUAUUUAACACAUCAAUGACAUGUACAAGGCUGUAAUUGUUGAGUAACUGAUAAUGCAAACAAUGGUGUUUUUUUUUUUUUUGGAGUGGCUUUUACUCUGUGUGUGGACAUUGUUUUAAAAUGGGCUGAAAGAUCUGAA